AUGCUUCACUCCUUGCUGUUUUGUGUGGAACACAGCUUCACUCUCUGUCUUCCACCCUCCAGGAACCAAUUCUGACUUGUACACAGAGACCAGAAAACCUGUUCAUGGGAGUCAGAGAGUCUGUCAGCUCCACAUCAUGGCAGCAGGGAACCUUACAAGAGUGUCAGAAUUCCUACUCCUGGGACUAUCAGAGGCACCAGACCUGCAGCCCAUUCUAUUUGGGUUGUUCCUCUCCAUGUAUCUGAUAACUGUGUUGGGAAACCUGCUCAUCAUCCUGGCUGUCAGCUCAGACUCACACCUCCACACACCCAUGUACUUCUUCCUCUCCAACUUGUCCUUGGUAGAUAUCGGUUUCACCUCCACCACCAUCCCAAAGAUGCUGGUUAACAUCCAGACGCAGAGCAAAGCUAUCACCUAUGCAGGAUGCAUCACCCAAAUAUAUUUUUUUAUACUGUUUGGUGUGUUGGAUGACUUCCUCCUGAUGGUAAUGGCCUAUGACCGCUUUGUGGCCAUUUGUCACCCCCUGCAUUACAUGGUCAUCAUGAAUCCCCGGCUCUGUGGACUGCUGGUUCUGGUGUCCUUUACCAUGAGUGCCCUGGAUUCCUUGCUACAAUGCAAGAUGGUGUUGCGGCUCUCCUUCUGCAUGAACUUGGAAAUCCCCCACUUUUUCUGUGAACUCAAUCAGGUGACCCAACUUGCCUGUUCUGACACCUUUCUUAAUAACAUGGUGAUGUAUUUUGUAACUGUGCUACUAGGUUGUGGUCCCCUGGCUGGGAUCCUUUACUCUUACUCUAAGAUAGUGUCUUCCAUACGGGCAAUCCCAUCAGCUCAGGGGAAGUAUAAAGCAUUUUCCACCUGUGCAUCUCACCUCUUGGUUGUCUCCUUAUUUUAUGGUACAAUCCUAGGAGUGUAUCUCAGCUCUGCUGGUACCCACAGCUCACAGUCAGCUGCAACAGCCUCAGUGAUGUACACUGUGGUCACACCCAUGCUGAACCCCUUCAUCUACAGUCUCAGGAACAAAGACAUAAAGGAGGCUCUGAAAAGAUUCUUUGGGAUGUCAGGUAAAAUAGGGACCAUCUGCCUGAAUCAGAAAAUGUAA